AUGUUGGGCAAUAUGCUGCACGUUGAGUGGCCUGACGAUGAGCAGGCACAGCGACUCCGUGCCAUGGAGUCCAGGACAGGAUCUGUUGGUGACUGCUCAAAAAUAGCUAAUUAUAGGACCAGCAGGCAGAAUCUGUUCAGACGACGCUCAACAAGGAGACGAAUAUCGAAUGCUCAACGAUUGGCCGAUUUGGAGGAUUUCAUCAAUCGAAGAUAUUCACCAGCCGCUCCAGGGCUUCACAUCAUGGCGACCAGUGUCGGUGAAAAGCCGACCAUAUCGCACAAAAUGCUGAAACCAAUGGAACGUGCUCAUGCAUGGGCAGGACGCCAACUGAACAGAGCUCAACAGAUGAUCCGUGAGCUAUCCAUAUCUCACGUCGACCCCAGGGAAAUUUCGCUUCAAGUGCAAGCUUCGGACAAUAAUUUCUUCGAACGGAUUACACAACCGUUGGAUGUGGAACAACCGGCUGAAGAUGAACUUCUUACCAUACGUAAUCUUACUCUCAACGCUGACAGGAAACUCCUUGAGGCUCUUUAUGUCGAAGCUUUGUACACCAUUACUCAUAAAGUUGGAAAAGAAGAAUGUGAAAGCCGUGAAAAUCUCUACAAAUAUGUUCGAUCCGCAUUCCAAGGCGAUACACAAUUACAUAACACCCUUAUGGAAAAAGCUAAGCAAAAUAAGCCUCCUGUCGUUCUUCUGAAUGUUCUACUUUUGGAAGCUAAAGACCUUAUUGCUAAGGACAUCAAUGGAUUCAGCGAUCCUUUUGCGAUGAUGGGAGUUGUUCCUGGUAAACGAGAGAUAGUUGAGGUGACUGAAACAACGGAGGAAGAAAAUGUCAAAUCACCUAAGACUAUGAACCUCAAAAAAGACAACGUAUUGCAACGAUUUGGUGGCUCAUUCCGUCGCAAAGUUGGAAAGAAAGAGUCAGACAGUGGCACAAUACCAGCGAAGCUCAUCAAAGCAAGCUCAGUUCAAAAAAAGACGUUGAAUCCGAAAUGGAACGAACGAUUUCAGUUUAUUGUGGAUGAUGUACAGACGGACCGGUUCCACAUGGACAUAUGGGAUCAUGACGAUGAGGAACAGUCGGUUUUGGAUGCUGUAUCAUCACUGAAUCAAAUCACUGGUGGAUUUAAAGGACUUGGCCGUUUCUUCAAAGAGGUCGCACAAAGUGCUCGAGCGGACUCCGAUGACACCACUGACGACUUUCUUGGAUGUAUCAGUAUGAACCUAAGUGAUAUUCCUCCUGAUGGAAUUCAACAAUGGUUUACGUUACAACCUCGUUCUGAGAAGAGUAAAGUAUCCGGUAGUGUGAAGUUAAAACUCUGGUUAUCUACGCGUGAGGAACGUUUUGGAGCUGAAGAGGAUGAUCUGCUGGAUGUUAAAGAGCAUAUCGAACUCAUGAGACAAUUCGCUCUAUAUGAAAUUCGCCUCAGUGGAGCUCCUGUUCGGCUAUGGGAUGGUGUUUUUCCAGACAAAGCAAACACGAUCCUUCGACAACAUGCCGUUCAAGGUGAUUUGACAGAGGUUCAUACAGCGAUGUGUCGAUGGCUUGCCUUCCAUUCGAUGAUCUCAAUCGACAUCUCAUUUUCUCUCCUCGCAAAAACGCUACAGAACAUUCUAGAUAAAUGGCAACCAUUAACGCUGGAUAAGGCAGAAGAAGAUAUGCUCACUGCCUCCUUCUCGGCUUUCGAUUCGCACUGUAAAAGGGCGUUUGCUGAGCAUCGUCGUCGAUUUCAUCCAUCUAAAAGAAAUGCAUCUGAAGAGUUCGCCAGCCUCGUAAGAUGUAUGAAAGCACUGCGAGAUUCACCUUUCUACCAAAAGUACCUUCCCUAUAAACGACCGUUCCAUGCUCACUUGGAGUCACUUAUAAUUAAAAGUGCUGAGGACUUUUUCGACGAAACCGUUGAGAUUGUACAAGAUGAAGAUCCAUGCAAGGAACUCCUUAAGCUGCUCUCAGUGAUCAAUGGAAGUUGCUCGAGAUUCCAACAGUACGCUAAUAUCAUACGUGAAGUCGGUCGAAUCGAUUACUGUCAACUAACCCUUUCCACUUGGGAUAGAAUGCUCAACGAGUACCUCACAUCCGAGUUAAUGAGUGAACGUAAGACUGAUCUUCGAUCUCAGAUGAAAAUCUCAGCGAACCAAGAUCCACCAAACGAGGACGACCUCGUCGACCUCAUCCGAAUACAUAUGGCAUUUGUUGAGCUGCGGAAUUACAGGCUGGCUAACCGAGUGCGAGGUAAAGAUGAAUCAGAGUGGUACGGUAUAUUUAAUCGAGGCAUCAAGAAUUUUUUGAAUUUGGCUAAGGAAAAAGCGCUUGCCAGGAUCUCGCUUAGCUGUCAACUGGAUGUACCUAUAUGUACAUCCUCGAACGAUAUGCGGCAUUCGAGUAGUCACAUAGAUGUCUGUCACAUCGUUGAACAGAUGACUGUAUGUUGGGAUCGGAUGGAUGUAAACGAGCUUACACUUAAAAUUGACUACACAAGAGCAUUGGUCGAUAUACUUUGUGAUAUUGUCAUGGCAUACACUCAAAAGAUUUUCUCCAAUCUUGAUGCGGAAGGAUUUUCUGGAGAUCUUCAAGUGUUCGUACCAUCUCCAUUAUUGCAAUUAUUAUGUUCGGCGAUAAACAAUUGUGAACAAGUGAGAAGAAGCCUUAUGAUCCACGAAAAACUUCAUCUGGAUGACUUAGCUAUAGCAUAUGAGAGAGCUGGCCAUGGUGCACCAACAUGGAAAACAACAGUGGAACAACGUCUGGAGCAGACAGAUUCCGCAAUCUGCGCAGAGAUCGAUCGAGUGGUUGGAUUGUUAACGUCUCGAUUACGACCUCAAAUGAAAAAACACGUAUUCCACCUUGCAUGGAGUCCAUCUGCUCAUCCAGUGGAGGAUUCGCUUAAACCACUCACUGAUAUGAUUGACAUCGAAUUGUCGGCUGUGCACAAAAAUCUUUUACACAAGAACUUCUUACGAGUGAUGUCUGCACAAGUUGCAAUAGUUGUCCAUCUUUUAAGAGAAUGUGUGGACGAGAAUCCAGGGAUGGAGCCAACUUUCUAUCAUCGUCUUUUCGAAGCAUGGCAUGUUCUUGUGGAUUUUUUCCAUGCUGGUGGCAAAGGACUCUCAACUGAUGUGCUAGAAACUGCUCCUGAUCAUGUGGCAUUGGUAAAAAUCUUGUCCUUAAAUCAAACCCCAACACAACAGCUUAUCGAGAAAUACUACAAAGAUCUGCUCAAACAACAAAACGAGGUAAGCGAGUGCAAAUACGGUAUUCUAAAUGUUCGGGCAUACUACAAUGCAAGCUCACAAACGCUUGUUCUGGAUGUGAUUGGAGCCAAACAAGUGAUUCCCCUGGAUGCUAAUGGUCUUUCGGAUCCAUUCGUCGUUAUUCGGCUUGUACCAAAAUAUAGGUACCCGAAUCAGAUCGUUAGUAAGACACGAGUUGUCAGUAAAACGCUCAACCCUAUUUUCGACGAAACAUUUGAAUUCCAUAUACCACCAAAGCUUCCACCAUGUGCAAUGCUCCAUUUCACGGUUAUGGAUCAUGAUUAUUUGCGAUCGAAUGAUUUCGCUGGAGAAGCAUUCCUGGAACUGGCUGACGUCCCAGGAUUCGGAGUUGCAGGAGGAAAUACACUUCGUCAAUUUAAUCUUAUACUCAUUCAACCAGUACAAAAUAAUAAAGAAAUAAUUGAUGUACUAACAAGUAGAAAAGAGGACAAGGAGGCGCUUGAAUUUCUUCGGUCAAUCACUACGGCUUAUUAG